ACCCCUCCCCUCCAGCCCCGCUCCCCUCCCAUAAAAGCCCUCUGUUUCUACGAUGCGCCAGCGCCCAUUUCUCGAAAGUCAAAUACCAAAUUUGUAACCAGAAUCAAGGCCCCCUCACGCCUUCACCCAGUCGGCCGGUCCCUGCCCCCCCGUCGCCUCACCCACACCCCUCCGACCUCCCUUCCAGCGGCCCCCAAACCGCCUCUUCACCUUCACUCUUCACCUCACCCACGACCCACCCACACUCAGAUUCAGAGAGAUACAGAGUGCCCUCUGUACAGUGUUCCUCUUCUUCUCUUCUCUCUCUCACAAAGACCCAAACCCAUAUAUGACAUAUAACCGAAAAUCAGUAAAGUAAAUCGUAAACCCUCACCUCUCGGCCUCGAUCGACAGUUGCAGCUUGCAAAUCAAGUUCAAGUGCUCAACGAAUCAACAGCAAUUUGCACCAAAAUUUUUUUAAAGAUUCUUGAAUCUUCCUUCCAUUCCGAUUAACCCUAAAAGGAGCAAUUUCUUAGAUUUGCCAAGUUUGGCAAUGGAGAUGAAGUCAAAGAAACUACUAAUACUAUACGCAACUCAAACUGGAAAUGCAUUGGAUGCAGCUGAACGUAUUGCUCGAGAAGCUGAGCGCAGAGCCUGCCUUGUCUUAAUUCAUUCAACCGACGAAUAUGAUGCUAGCUCCUUGCCUGAAGAAGAUGCUGUAAUUUUUGUUGUUUCUACCACAGGCCAAGGGGAUACUCCAGAUUCUAUGAAGGUAUUUUGGAGGUUUCUUCUGCAAAGAAAUCUAGGCAGCCAUUGGUUGGACGGAGUUCAUUAUGCCGUGUUUGGAUUAGGUGAUUCUGGCUACCAGAAAUAUAAUUUUGUUGCAAAGAGGCUUGAUAAAAGACUUUCAGACCUUGGGGCUACAGCUGUUGUUGAGAGAGGUUUGGGCGAUGAUCAGCAUCCUUCUGGGUAUGAAGCUGCUCUGGAUCCUUGGAUGUCAUCAUUGUGGAGUAGGUUGUGUGAGAUCAAACCCAAUUUCUUCCCAGAAGGUCCAGAUUUUGUGGCUUCAAAUGUGGAAUUAAUUGGCCAACCAAAAUUUCAAGUCACGUGUCAUAACAUAAAAAACAUGGAUUCCCAAUUAUCAACUGCAGCAGAUUUUAAACAUCUUGAGAUGCAAAUUGGGAGGGCUCGCUCAAUGUCUCCCGGAAAAGUUUCUCAUGAGAAGAGCAAGCCUGAUGCUUUUCUUAAAAUGAUCAAAAACUGCCCAUUGACCAGGGCAAGCAACGAAAAAGAUGUGCGUCACUUUGAAUUUGAAUUUGUUUCUCGGGUGAUGCAAUAUGAAAUUGGUGAUGUCCUAGAGGUUCUCCCUUCGCAAAAUCCUGCAGCAGUUGAUUCUUUCAUACAGCGCUGUAAUUUGGACCCUGAAUCAUUCAUAACGGUCCAUCCUAGAGAAACGGAAAAUCACCAUCUUGAUAACAAUGUACAUGCUUUAGAGGUACCCAUUAAAUUAAGAACUUUUGUGGAACUGGCAAUGGAUGUCGCAUCUGCUUCUCCACGGCGCUAUUUCUUUGAGGUUAUGAGCUUCUUUGCAACUGCUGAACAUGAGAAAGAAAGACUUCAAUAUUUUGCUUCACCCGAAGGAAGAGAUGAUCUUUACCAAUACAACCAGAAGGAAAGAAGAACUGUUCUGGAGGUAUUGGAGGAUUUCCCUUCUGUGCAAAUGCCAUUUGAGUGGCUGGUGGAGUUGGUUCCUCCCAUGAAAAAUAGGGCUUUCUCCAUUUCUUCUUCCCCUUUGGCUCACCCAAAUCAAGUGCAUUUGACUGUGGAUGUUGUGUCAUGGACAACACCUUUCAAGCGGAAAAGGCGAGGUCUCUGCUCAACAGGGCUAGCCGGUCUCGACCCUGAACAAAAGAUAUAUAUUCCAGUAUGGUUUCAUAAAGGUUUGCUGCCUUCCCCACCUCCUUUGCUUCCCCUCAUUCUCAUUGGACCUGGAACUGGUUGUGCACCUUUUCGCGGAUUUGUGGAGGAAAGAGCUAUACAGAGUUUGUCUGGUCCAAUUGCUCCAAUUAUUCUUUUCUUUGGUUGCCAAAACGAGGAGAAUGACUUUCUAUAUAGAGAUUUUUGGUUGUUCCAUUCACAAAAUGAUGGUGUGCUUUCAGAAGCCAAGGGUGGUGGGUUUUAUGCUGCCUUCUCGAGAGACCAACCCCAGAAGGUUUAUGUGCAACAUAAGAUGCAGGAACAAAGCCAAAGGAUUUGGAAUUUGCUGUGUGAGGGAGCGGCUAUCUAUGUUGCAGGCUCUUCAACAAAAAUGCCAUCAGAUGUCAUGUUAGCUUUUGAGGAGAUUAUAUCCAAGGAGAGUGGAGCUCCAAGGGAAUCGGCUGCGAGAUGGCUUAGGUCUCUGGAAAAAGCUGGUAAAUAUCAUGUUGAAGCUUGGUCUUGAGCCCGCUUAAUUCAUUUAUGCUGCGAGCAAAGACAUAAGGGGGAAGGAGAAUGGCAAGGAUCAAUUGAAGGUACUAAAGAUUACACUUUUUGUGGAACAUAAGAGCUGCAAUUUGAUUUGUUUCUUAUUGUACGGCAUAUUUAGCUAUGCAAAAUUUGUCCGUGGAUAAAUGAAAAUCUUUAGAAUAGUAGCACUAUUAUUUAGGUUGCCUCAAUUCACUUAAAAUUUUUUGAAUAAUGUUGCCAUCAAGUCUUUGAUUCAAUAAAAAUGUAAUACAGUACUAGUACCAGAGAAGGCUGUAUUAAUCCGUGAUUUUUUUUUUAAUAAAAAGGGUUGCAGUAUAAAGACAAGCAAAGAAGUUACAGAUACUAAAAUUUGAAUUAUAGAUUUGUUAAUUGUCACUUUCUGAAGGUUGUUGCAUAGGUUAACCGAAUUAAAUCUGGGGUUCAUUCUGUUUCUUUCAGCUAAAAGGGUUAUCGAUUGGGUUUUUCAUUAAGUAUGGAAGUUUUAUAAAUCUUGGUAAAUAUUAUUGAUUUUUCAAGUGGUGAUAUAGUUUUGGCCCAAUGCUUUCUCGCUCAUGUGAGAGAAAUUGAAGUGAAGUGAAGCUCGUGGAGGAGGAGAGCAAAAACUGGGCUGCAUAUGUUCCGAAAUU